CAGUCACCUGUAUAUAAUAGUAUUAUAAAAAUGUCGGAUAUGUUGUAAGUUUACCGUAUCGACAACUAACAAUUUAAAUCUGCAUUCCUCUGGUGGCAGCAAAUUGGCAGUUGUAUUCAAAUACUGAAUAUUUUGACGGAUCAAAAUAAGUUACGAAGCAAAUGAUAAAUCUGCAAUCGUUUAGAGAUUAAUUACAGUGAAAUAAAUGCAAAUGAGUUUUACUGCAAUAUACAUCUGAAGAGAUUUUUCUGAAAAGUGACGUUGAACAUAAAUUGAUGUAAGUUUCGAAAACAGGUCUUAGUUUAAUUAAAGAAACAUCUGUGAGAUUUGAAAACAGUUUUAAACACAGAAAGUUGAUGUAGGUUUGAUAUUUUUAGCAAACUUUGUGAUUCCAAGCUGCAAUUAAUUAAACUAUCUUCGACGAUUACGGAAGUAUGCUUAUAUUGAAUUAUUGAUGUCUGUUACCUGUGAAAAUGACAGCAAUCUGAAACCGACACCGCGGUGAUAUGAAAUCCAUCAUAAUUUACCUCUAAAAGGAAGAGCAGUUAUAAAAACGCUUGAAUAAUUUUCAAAACUUGAUUGUAAAUUGUUCGAUUUGCAAAAUAAGCAAUUAACUUUACUGCUUUGAUUAAAAAUGAUAACGAUAUCAAGCAAACGCAUCUAAAUGUAGGAAAUAUUUAUGGAAAUAAUUAUACUUAAUUAUUUGUUCAAAGAAAGUACAGACAUUAAAGUAAUUGUGCAAUUUGUCGUCAUGCAAAGGUGUUUAGAAGACUUAUGAAAAUUUAAUAUCGACAGCAAAUUUCAAUUAAUAAAUAUCUUCGAAAACAAAGUGCGGAUUUUUUCAUGCUCUGUUUCAGGUGUGGUGCAAUUUGCUAAACGUUUUCCAAUGAACAUUGUAAUUGCAGAUUCUGUGCUUAUUUCGAAAAUCGACUAUUAAGAUAAACUUGGUUGCUAUUUUACAACAAAAAAUUCAUGGAAACUUAUAUUCAUAUUAGGAAAGAAAUAAUUACAAAUAGAUGAUAUUUCUAAAAUUUAUUCUGAGAUUAAUUCCCACAGAAAGAAAAGGAAUCUUUUGAUUAAAAUCAGUUGUAUGUUGAUUGUGUCUGUUUACAAAAGGUGUACUGUUCUUUUCAUGUGAAUUUUUCUAGAAAACCUGAACUGAUCAUUUCAAUUAGCAAUGCUAGAAACAAAUUAAAACGGAAAACAGAGAAAUAAGCCAUAAGCUAAGAUUUCUCAUUAGUUUUUCUACGAUUGAAUAUCAUUUUACGGAAUAAUCAUUUAAUGAAUAGCUAACGGAUAUUGGACAAUAAGACCGAUCAAUUCCGCUCGGAACAAAUGAGACAGACCUUUAUUUAAUAUGACAUAUUUGUAUAGCGUCAAAAUAAGUUUGUCAUAAAACGUUUGUUUGACAAGGAAUAGCUUGUUUUCUGACGAUUCCUAUGUAUAUGUAGAUUACGUUAUUAUUUGUUUGCUUGGAAAUCGAUUGGUAAGGACAUCGGAUUGAAGACCACGUAAUUUACUAUUGUGAUGUUCAACUUUCGACUUCCUCUUUUUAUAAAUUAGAUUAAAUCUCCCCAAUCAACUAUUUCGCCUGAUAAACAAUGACAGUGAUUUUCGGAAUGCAUCGACCCCAAGAAAUCAAAGUUGUAUGAACAUUUUUUAUUACGUUGCUUCAGCACUCAGCACUGAUUGAAGUUUGUGACAAGCAUUUAUUGCCAAUCUAAAGGUACCUUGGCCGAGUGGCGAUUAAUCGUUCUAUAAUAGACUGUAAAUUUAUCUACUUUAUUCGGGAUGAUUUCAUGAUUGAUUUGUGUUGUGGGAAUUGAGACAAAAUUCAGAAGAAAUGGCUGCUGCCAUCCUAAAGAUUAUAGAAAAGUUUGGUCCAUCAAUAGGUGGUGUACAUUCGGCAGAAUGCAAAGCCGACUUGAAAGAAUGCUCCCCUGGACACGAAAUGCUCAAAUGCAAAGGAACAGGAACAGAUCUGAAAUACUACUGUCAGCAAUGUAGUGACACGGCUUUCCAACCGAACGCCAACAGAUAUGGUGACCGGUGUCGGUUGAGAAAGGCAUGUCUCAACCAGUUCAUGCGUUACAGAGAUUAUGGCAGCACAACGCGUGAUGCCAUGUGUAAAUGUGAGCCUGGCUACCAUUUUGAAUCAACAGAUCAACGAGCAUGCGUACAAAACAAUUACUGUGAUAGAGGUUAUGGACAAACAGAUUAUGGUUCCUGUGAGCGUUGUGUUGUAGGCAGUACAUAUUCAGACAAAAAAGACAAACUCCAAAGAUGUAAGACAGUUACAAACUGUGAAAAAGAUAAAAGAUGUACUAUAAAACGAAGUAAUGGAACUGGUGAUAACGUCUGUAGUACAUACAGAGUCAAAAAUCCGUCUAAAGACUGUGCAAAUCCACCACCUGUACAUGCAAGAAAUGAACAAAAUGGCGGACUAUCUGAAGGCGCCAUUGCUGGAAUUGUAUUAGGUGUCCUGGCGAUCAUUGUAAUUGUCGUCCUCUUGUUCCUAUUUCUACUGCACAGGCGGCGAAAAGCACGUGCUAAGAAUGACCAGAUUGAUCCAGAUCAUUUGGAACGGUUAGCAUCACAAAUAGUGGAAAGGUCUGCAAAAGAAGAACCAUAUCGAAGAAAAGUGUUGACAGCAUCCAUGAGAGAAAUAGAGGAUAACAUUAACAAACAGAUAUGGUCGUUACCACAAGAAUUAUUCCGGAAUCAUUUUCAAGAUGCUAAAUAUGAACUAGUGGUUGAAAAAUAUAAAGACAAAGAUCACAAAUAUGCCAUCAAUGGUUACAUGCAGGAUUGGCGGGAAUGGCGAGAGGAGGCUGGUGAUGCUGUCCAAGAACUGUUUGCUUGCCUGAAAAAGGUCAAACGGGAAGACAUCAUUUAUAAAAUAUGUAGCAAAUUUAGAGAAGCUUAUCCAGAAGUUGUGAUUGAUGCAGAAACUCAACUAGAAAAUGGUGUAGUUAGCAGAAGAUCAAAGCGUCAAAAUAAGGAGGGGGUAAUGGAUGUUUUGUUUCCUUGUUGCUCAGCACAGGAGAAGUACGAAACCGAGGAAAAUGAACAAGUAAAAUUCAUGCUUGAUGAUUCAAAAGAUGCAGCGGCACCACCACAAACACUUGAAUUUGAACCAAAUGAAAAGGGCAAUAACUCUAAUGAUUCUAAUGACAAUGGCGCCUUGACGCCUCAGGAAGCUGGAGAUGUAUAUCGUGAACGUCCAACACCAAGUGCUCCUGUAUUGGAUGAUUCAGGCAAUAUUCACAUUAUUAUACCAAUGAAUAGGUCCGUUUCAUAUCCUGUUCAGGCUAGUUCAUAACUGGUGCUACGACUGUUUCUAUUGGUUAAAGAUUAAUGUGCUAAUAUCUAUAGCGUGUUCUAAAGCUUUUGUGCUUGAACUUAAUAAGGGUCAAUAUCAGUUCAAGCAUGAUUCCUUGCCUCUUUAAAUGUGUUCAUGAGAUAAGAAUUGAAACAUAAAGCGGCAUUUGUAUAUGAAAUGUUCAGAAUGAACUCGAUAAUGAAGAUCAAUUUCACAUUUGCAUUAAAAACGACUACAUUGGCCAAGGGACCAAACGCAAAAUCAUAAAAUGUUUAUUGUAAGUUACAACAGACAUUAGUGUUUUAUAUUAACUCUUGCAUAAAAUGCAAAUUUUGUGUUGUAAAUUUGACACCGUUUCAUCAACAAACGGUAAACUAUUCAAGGGAGACAACUCAACCUUUAACUAACAUUGAAGUAAUGUGUAUGACAGAACUUGUGUUAGUGUAUGAAUAAAGACAAGAAUUCCUAAAUGCAGUGAACAUUGGAUGCGAGUUGUGAUACAUAAAUCCUUUUCAAAAAAGGGUUUAAUGCCUGUUACUUUAAUUAAAGUGCUUUUAUUUUUGUUUUGUAAUAUAGGAUUUAAUCUUUUAUGAAUAAUUGUAAUGUGUAGAUGAAAUAAUAAAAGUUUUUGUGUAAAAUUAUUAUAUAUAUAUAUACUUGUGAAUAAAUGAUAUGUCUUACAUUUAUGAGGGGCAUUUAGAAAUUGGUUAUAAUAAUUCAUAUUUAAUUUUUGCUUUUGAGGAUCGUUUAUUAUCAGAUAAUUGCAAAAGUAGACUUUUAUUUACCAUAGCAUUCAAAACAAACAUACAUGUAUUUGCAUUCAAUUAUUAUUUAAGUGUUCAUCAAAUCUUAAUAGGUCAUACACAACUGACACAAGCAUUGUAAAAAGAAAUGAAACGAAAUACUGUGGUUGAGGAAGUCAUAUUUUGAUGGAUUUUUUUAGGCAAGUAAUAAUGUGCAGUUUAAAAACAUUUUAUUUCUGGUUCAUAAAAAUUAAUAACGAAAAAUCUAAAAGAUUUCCAGGUUGCGUAUCUAUCAAUUUUAAAGAAAAUAAGGUCUAAAAACAAUAUAAGAAACGACUAUUGUUUGGCUAUCAAACACUCUCGAUUUAAUUUGACAGUAAUUUCAUUAAACUUAUAUCAAUUUAGAUACUAACAAACUAUGUUUUGCACGAAUUGAAUCAUUAUUAAGAAUAACUACAUUUUUAUAACAUAUUAUUUAUUUAUAAGUUUUCAUAUUCUAAAAUUUUGUAAAGCGAGCUAUGAACAAGUAAAGUAGAUUGUUAUAGAUAUUGUAUGUCACAAAGGUUAUGAUGCAUCCAUUUUAUUCAUUUGUUUAAAAACGGCAAAAAGAACACAAUAAUGUUUGUUUUUUUUCUCUCUUUGUCCAUCAUUUUUUUUUAGGUUAUACAUUGUAGAUAGUGUUUGAAUUUAAAAAAAGCAAUGUUUAGUUGUCAGGUUGUUUCAUAAUCUCAUUGAAACUGAAAUAAAUCUAAAAAAUAGAUUCUCAUUGAAAUUGAACUAAAAUUUAAAAAAAAUUAAAGAAAUUGGAACUAAAAUAUUUGUUUUUUUGAAGAAAUUGAAACUUAAAUAUUUUUUUUUGAAGAAAUUGAAACUAAAAUAUUUGUUUUUAAAUAGAUUUUCAUUGAAGUUGAAACUGGAAUAAAUUCAUUAGUCUUUGUUGCUUAUCAGUAGAAAUUUAAAAAAUGGUUGUUCAUUUAACGAGAUGCAUGAUGAAUUCCCAUGAUGAUUUUUUUUAUUUGAGUAUUUGUUUAUUCGGUAAAUUUUAUAUAUAUAUAUGUAUAAUGUAAAUGUUCUUUUUGUGCAGUUGUUUUACAGGUUUAACAGAAAUAUUUUUUCUCUUUAAAAAAGAUGUCAAGUUUUAAUAUUUUUCAUGUAUAUCCAUCAUAUCAGAUGUUAACCACAUGUAAUGUAUCAUAUAUAUGGUAUCUUUUUUUCAAUUUUUAUUUUUCAAAACACUAAAUGUUCGUUAUCAAAAUGACAUAAUUUUGGUUGUAACUAAUUUAAUUUAAGAUUACAUAACCAAAAUGGAAUCUGUUCUUUUAAUUUCUAUUGUUUGAAAAUUUCUAUAUCAAUUACAUUAACAAACAAAAAAAACAAAAUUUGCAAUAUUUCAUAUUAUGUCACCAAAACAAAAUGUCUAGUAUAUAUAUUUUGCAAUAAAAAGCAAUUAAAUCUCUAUAAAAAUGCAAUUUUUUCACAAUCUUAUUAUUUUACAAUUAUCAGAAGACGGCAUAAUUAUAAAAAAAUUUGCAAUAUUCAAUAUCUGUCGGAUCAGAAAAGAUUUUAUGAUUUGCACUCUUAAUUAUUCAAAAUUUCAAGUCCCAUUUUCUUAUUUGAAAUCCCUAUUUUCUGUGUAUACAUGUUAUAAGUUCGAUACAAUGUUUUUGUCAUAAUUUACUUGCUAUCUUUAUUAAAUUGCAAUGUCAUCUACAUUUAGCUAAUAAAAUUAUUUUGUUAUA